ACUGUACGUGUGAUACACCUGGACAGGUAAACGAACCACGUUUACGAAAGUGGCGCAGACGGAAAACAUGGCGCAAACAAUGAGUCUACGGUAAUUGACAUACAAAUGGAUCAUAGCCGCAGUUUUAUCGCAGAAAGUUACACAAUGACAUUCAUGAAUAAAAAGUGACAUACCUAAGAUCGUAACAUAAUCCAGCAAAUUGACGUCCAAAAAUACGCAAAUACUUACAGAGCACGCCGCGCCAAUACACCAAACCAAUCCAAAAUCCAAAGUGACACCGAGAGCCAGACAGAAACCGAUAACACCUCCGACGCAAUAUUACCACAAACAUCUACGAAGCGCGAAUCGGUCAUUCCCAAAUUAGCACUCGGGAAAAAAGAGAAGUGUCGCAAAUACCCAAAAUACAUCUCAAGGCUACUUUGUGCAGAAACAUGAAAAUAUUCCCUUUGUUUACAUCGAUAACCAUCCUCCUUCAGCUCUAUUACUACACAGGGCCAGCAGAAUAACCGACAACAUUUUCAGAUUGAAACCUUUUCUCGAAUAAACUUUUCGCGAUAAAUAAAGACAAAUGCACCGAACAUUCUACUACAAAGACUAUUUUAAUCAUCACAUAGAUAUUCUAACUAAAAAUACGCGACCACGCCUAUCUAUUCUCGUCAUCAAUCACAAACCCUAGCAGGUGCUGACCUCUAUAUCUCCAACGCAUCUCUGUACUCGACGUAGGUGGCGUUGGGCGCGGACAAUAGGGGGUUUUCAGUGACGUCACGGCUCGCCACCCAAAUAUGGUCGGCCGCCAUCUUGGGGGACAAGAUCAACGCCUCGUAUACAGUAGAGUGCGUUGAAGUGGCGAAGUUAGGUAGGUUUAUUGAGGAGUUUCGUAUUAUCUGUGGAGUUUUUGUGAAUCAGAAGUGUUUGAAGUCAUGCCUGGGACGAAGAGAAAGAGGGUUGAAGAUGAAAGUGGUAUGUUAUCAGGCUAUUUUGAGUCUAUCGCAGACGCCACCGCUCGGAAGAGGUACAAAGAAAAGCUGGAUAUAUAUCUUGGCGGAGUGGAUCCGUAUGAAAUACCAGUAAGGAACUGGGAAGAUAAUGUAGAUCUCUGGCCAUCUGUGAGCUACAUACAUGUGGGGAUGUACCUUCUUUGUUCAAGUAGUCCGUACACACAAGAUCAACUGAUGGACUACAAGAAUCUCGAUUGUUAUCAGAAGUUUGUCAGUGGUUGGGUGAGGGAAGUGUUGGUAAGGAAAGUUCCAGGUGGAAAAGUGUUGCUGAUAGCUAAGGUGAACCAUUCUCAGAAGCUGUCAGAGAAGCCUCUUGUUCCGUGGGUUGUGUGCGGGGAGUCAGGUCGUGUGCACACUGCUCACUGCAACUGCAUGGCAGGUUUGGGUGAGAGCUGUAGCCACGUGGCAUCUUUGCUGUGGGCAGCUGAAGCAGGAGUGAAGAAGAGGGACUCCCUAACAGUCACAGAUAAAAAGGCAUAUUGGGUGAUGCCAAGUGCUGUCAGUAAGGUGCAGCCAAAGCCAUUGCGCUACAUCCAGUUCACACCAGCUACAAGCAAACCAAAGGCAAAGCAUCACAUGCCUGUGGAUGGCCCAAGCCAGGGUGAACUGGACAGCCUGUUUAAGGCUCUAUCACAGAGUGGCUCAAAGCCAGCAGUGCUAUCUCUGAUCGAGCCAUAUGCUGAGGCCUAUGUCCCUGAAAGUCUGCACAGUGAUCUGCCACAGCUUGUUGGAGUUGUGUUUGACAAGGCCAACAUGGAACUGAGCUAUGAUCAGUUAGUGGAUUUGGGACUAGAGCAGAUGAAGAUCUAUGACACUACUGAAAAGGAAAGAAAAACUGUGGAGGAAAAGACAAGGAAACAAGCAAAAUCAAGUGUUUGGUUUUCCAUGAGAACAGGGAGAGUGACGGCAUCACAAUUCAAAGCUGUGUGUACGACAAAGACAAGGACCCCUGCCAUGAGCCUACUCAUGAGGAUAUGCUAUCCAGAGCUGUCAAAGUUCAAGUCACAACCAACACAGUGGGGGUGCAAGCAUGAACAGAAAGGACUGUCUGCCUACAAUGCCCUACAAGAAGGGAAGCACAGAGACUGGGAGCUGCAAGCCUGUGGGCUGUUCAUCGACAAGGAGCACGGCUUUCUGGCAGCCACACCAGACAGCCUGGUCACCUGCAGCUGCUGUGGCAAUGGAGUAGUGGAAGUCAAGUGUUCCUACUGCCACAAAGACGACACUGGGCCACUGCCACUGAUGGAGAACAACAUGUUCGAGAGAGAGGUGGACUCUGAAGGAAACGUUCGCACCCAGCUGAAGAGGAAUCAUGCAUACUUCUACCAGGUGCAAGCCCAGCUGCAAUGCAGUGGAACGGCCUACUGCGAUCUGGUGGUAUGGACGCAGCAUCCGUGUACAUGGAACGGAUUGUGAAGGACCCGCUCUUCAUCGCCGAGAAGAUACAGCUGGCGCGAGACUUCGUCACGCUCUGUAUUCUGCCUGAGCUGCUAGGACGCUGGUACUCGCGCCCUGCUGUGAAAGACAAGGAAAACGCAGACCUCGCCACGGGCACUUCUCAAAGUGUGCUAGCUCCAGCUGUAGUAACAGGUCCCCGUCUUCCGUCAGUGACAGAUCCCCGUCCUCCUCCUGUGACGGGUCCCCGUCCUCCGCCUGUGACAGCUCCCCGCAUCCUGACAGUCACAGGUCCCCGCCCUCCGCCGGUGACAGGUGCCCGCAUCCUGACAGUGACAGGUCCCCACCCUCCGCCUGUGACAGCUCUCCUCCCUCCGCCUGUGACAGCUCCCCUCCCUCCGCCUGUGACAGCUCCCCUCCCUCCGCCUGUGACAGCUCCCCGCAUCCUGACAGUCACAGGUCCCCGCCCUCCGCCGGUGACAGGUGCCCGCAUCCUGACGGUGACAGGUUCCCGCCCUCCGACGGUGACAGGUCCCCGUCCUCCGCCGGUGACAGCUGGACAGCCCCGCCCUGCACCGGCGACAGAUCUCCACACUCUGACGGCGACAGGGUCACGUCUUUCUGAAAGUUCUGGCUCGUCCAUCGCCGUUUACGUGAAGGGAAAGGUCGUGAGAUUUAGAAUUGGCGAGUAGCUUGUGCAUUCUGCUAUGUGGCAAUGAUGUGGCAAUGUAAUACACGUGAGAUCGCAAUUUUAUGUCUUAUCUAUUUGUUUC